GGUCAAACUUUCUUCUCCCUUCGUUCAAGUGAAUCUUUUGUCUUCAUCGGGCAAAGCAACUUACUCAACCACAAAGAAUACUCAUUGAUCUUGUUCAAGCUCGAAUAAAAUUGUGCAGGGUGAAAGCAUCUCAACAAAUAUAAGGUAAGAAUGGUCACAAAAGGGUGGGUAAUGAAAAAACCUUUGUUAUUAACGGAUCUGUCACAAUGACGUUAAUUUACCUUCGAGCCUUACUGAUUUCAGAGUAAUACAUGGUUUUCGAAAACUCAGGUCUAAAUUUUUUGUUCUGUCCCAUGUAUUUGUUGGUACUUAAAAUAUUUCUAUUCGUAAAAAUCAACAAAUUGAUACCAGGAGGUUUGCUUUGAUGUUUUCAAGGAGGAGUAAAAUAGACUUAAGACGUAGUUACCAGACGUAAAGUGACGUGACGUGCUUGCGUGACGUAGCGUGAGUUCAAGUCAAGUCAAGUCAUGUGGAACGAAGGAACAUAAGUAAAAGCAAGUGCACUUCCGCCACAAUUAGACAUAAUUCAUGGUUUCACUUCUGUGGUAGUGAGCUUUUUUGCCUUGUCUUUGACUGAGAACAAAACAGAGUCCGUCGGAGCAUAUUUGUGAGGCCGAGUUUUUGGACGCAAAAAAACAAACUGGUGACCCAGAGAGCCUUUUUUUUUUUUCUUUUUUUUUUUUGCUUUACUUUGCUGACAAGACUUGUUUAAAGGUUUUACAAAAUAUUUAGUUAAAAAUAAACAAAGUCCUUUUGCUUCCAGAAAAUUCAAUAAAACUCAUACGGAGAGUGACAUUUAUCAUCUGACAUCUAAUUAAAGAUUCAAAUGAAAUCUUGGCCUCUGACAUUUCAGCAGAUUUGACAAUGCGCAAUCACUCUUUGGGCAGCUCGUGUUACGUUUCAUCACUUUCAUGUCGCGACUGGAAGUCGGUGUUUGUUUCAUCAUUCAAUGUCCAGUUACUUCAUUCGUGUUCUCUUAACUAAGAACCAAAACGCAGUUUCAGUUACCAGCAGAAUCAGAGGCUGGAGCAAGAAGUCAGCAUACGGAAAGUAUUCAAAUUCAUAGGUGGAUUUACUUAUUUUCCGCAAACGGCGGAGUAUGAUAACAUAUUGACAUUCCUGCCUUUAUCGAACCAUUCACUUUUACAUGAACGUUGUCAUGAAACCUGAUCUUGUGUCUGUUCUUAUUACGCAUAUGGCUUACUUUCAAUGCUCCGGCGAACGCUUUUUAAGAUAAUAAUCAACUAGUCAUUUAGGGGUACGUCACGCAAUAGCGGAAGGAGAUCGUCAAAGUUCUCACAGCGUAAGUGUAAUUUAUUACACGUCAAAUAUGUAGAGUACGUGCUUUCACACAUGCUGAUUAGCUCGCUUGUAUGCGACUGAAAUACUAUAUACCUCUGUGGCGAGAAGCAAAGUGGCUUCCUAUUUCUCUGUGAGGACUAGAGAGGUAAAUUAAGUUUGAUUAAAGCAAAGCAAAGUGACAACUAAGUUUGGUAUGAUUGCAUUUCAUCAGAAGCUCGCUAAAGACCUUGAGGAGGUAAAUUAGUUAGUUACAUAAUUUUCCCAUUCAUUGCAUUUUCCCAACUUUUUAUGAUAAAACAUCAAAGUUACUGAAUACUGUUAUGAGCCAUCUAAAGGAAAACUAGCCGGGAAACGUGUUACAUUUUAUGUUGAUACCAACACAACAGCGCUUCGCAUGCUCGCCGAUACCUGCGAAUUUGGAUCGUUAAAGGAUGGUUUAAUUCGAGAUCACUUAGUCUUUGGUAUCAGAGACGAUAGCCUGAGAAAAAAGGAAUCGAAAUUAACCCUGGAUUAAUGUCUUGACAGCUGUCGUGCCGCUGAAAGAGACCACACAACAUUCCGGUUGUUGUUGUUGUUGUUGUUUUCAAUUCUCGUUACUACUAUGCUUGGCAAUGUAAUAAUAUUGUAGGGAGAAGUCAUAAGUAAUAUUUUCCUUCCAAAUUUUUAAUUUUUGCAAAUGGUAUCAAAAUGAACGCAGUCGCACUGUUACUUAGAGAUGUUACCAUAUCUCAUUGGAAUACUGGAAACAAAGCGUUGCUUUUUCGGAAAAGCACAGAGGAUGCUGUCAACUUGCACUGCUCUCAAAAUCCCAAACACUGUUCUUUGAAUUUCUGGAAUAACUCAAGGUAUUCUGGGAAAAGUGAAGAUAUCCAAAGUAAAAUCACUGUGGGAAUUUUGUUGAUUAAUUUAGUAAAACUUUUUUUCAAUUAAAUAAAAGUAAUUCAGGGUAAUAUGAAAAAUUGCACCACCCACUUAUUUCAACCCUUUACAGGCAAACAUCAUUAUUCAUAUUCUCCAUACUGUACACUGUAUAAAUACUACGGUGCUGACAAGGAGAAUUUGUCUAACAAUCAAGAGUUCUUUAGUUGGUGAUCAUUUCCUUUAUUCUCAUGACAUUAAUGUUUGAUUCAAUGGUGAUAUUGUAAGGAGAAAAUAGGUGCCAGUCACUCUUAGGGGUUAAAGGGUUAAUAAGUUUCCCACAAAUCAGUCUUCCUCCUAAGUUGUGGUCCUCAGUGAGAGUAAACAUGUUAGAGCAGAUUGUGACCGAAAUGUAAAUCCAAAUACCUUUAUUUUAUACUUUCUUGAUCAAAAGCGAUGUUGUUGCUAAAAGUGCUAUUUAAAACAAAAUGAGACCUAGGAGCUUAGGUGCGAAACUGGUGCAGCGAAGCUUGACUCCAAGUUCGCAAUAGACGUAGACGUCACCCCAUCACGAUCAAGUUACAUGGGGCUACGAGUUAUUAAUUUGAAUCCAUUCUCGGUCAUUCUCGACACGUCAAGUCACGUCAAGACACGCAUUAACAUGCCUGUUCGUGUACUGCUCGUUUCUCUGAUAAAUAUCAUCUGUUGGUUUCUAUACUCCGUCAUAAAUUUGAGAUUACAUCAUAUUAGAAUUUUCGUGAAGUAAUCUACAAUUGAAAACAGAAUAUGGUCACCAAAUGACAACAUCUGUGGGAGAGAUAAGUAUCAAAGUUUUUCCCUAUCGAUUUAGCGCUGACUAAUAUUUGCAUGUCUUUAGAGGUUACCGAUCGAGUACUUAAAUAGAAAUUAAAUUAUUUGAUCGUCGUCAUGUACUUGCAUCUUCGUCGUAGAAAUGUACAUGUCGUUCUCCAGUUUCGUUCUAGGUGUGAAUAACAACUUAUAUUUUUCGCUGGACGUCUUGAACCGGUCUUCGUUUCCUUGCAUGAUCAACUCUUCUCACACCAUAACCAUUUAACACUUUGUUCGAAGAUGAGGCUUUACUGCAAUCCAUGCAUGACCUAAGAACAAUAACAAUGUGAUGACUCAUUUCCUCGGGAAAGUCCCUUCUGCACCAUAGACUUCCUGUUUUUCAAUAACGCCACCUCGUGGGCUGCGAGUCUAUUUCUUUGAAUCAAAACCGUCUUUAUUUAUCAGAUUUCUUUCUCUUUCAUAACCAAUCGUUGUCAUGACAUAAUUCCGUCAACAUAUUUCCAUCAUAUGGAAAGUAGUAUAGAGUUGGCGUGUUUGAGCUCAUUUUGAUGAAAUGAGCUGGAACCGCCAACUCCUACACUACUAACAACUGAUGUGAUCAAAGGUUUAUUGCACGUAAACUGCACGUUAGGGACAAAGCCUGAUACGCGAGUUUUUCUUUUCAUGGGUCUGUUUCUUGACGACAUCCCGUUUGUAUGAAAUCGAAUUAUGGAGAAACUUUUAGUUCCCAUCAGUCACGUAAUAUUUGUUUCAAAUCAUUUCUUUAACCAUAAUUUUAGUCUUUUAAUUCUGUUUUAAAAACAGAUUUACAUUUGAUAUCAUCCAUAGUCCAACUCAAAGUUUUUGGUACUUUAUUGUGUGGUUACGGAAUUAUUCAUGCAUGCUACACUAGAAUAAGAGCUUGCGUGGCGAGCGCUUGGCGAGAAUUUAACCGAUACGCGCGGAAAAGAGAAGACCUCAGAGAAGCAUACGCUUCUUUGACAAGUUACGCUAUGUUAAGUUAUAAGCUAGAAGCGUUGCCAAGCACAAUAUUUGAAUGUCUUGUUCAUUUCACAGCCAGUGCGCGUGUUCAUUUGCCAUUAUUGCAUCAUUUGGUCAAAAAUUUUCUCUAACAUGGUAAAGCAUCUCAGAUGAUAAAUAAGCUUACUGACACAAAAUGAUGAUGCUUGCGUCUUUUUCUCUCACAGAAAUAUUAUUUCGUAGCCUUCUUCUCACGCGAUAGCGGAAUCAACAAUAACAAAAAUCCAAUGAUAAUAAAAAUCGUUGCGAUGAUCUUUAACAAACCAAACUCCGAGUCUCUAAACACAUGGUCCAUAAGUGAAUUCAAAAGAAUGCUGAUCAUUGCGCCAAGUGAUAUGAAUAAAGUAGAAGUAGAGGUGAUACCAAAGAUCAUUAAAGAGUGAAAAACCAGUGCUAAUGCCCUAGUUCCACAGAGAUAUUCCCACGGCAAGUCGCUUAAGGAAGCACGUUCACACUCCGUGAACUGAAAGAUCACAAGUAAUGGCCAAAGAAGGAAUGUGGUAAGCAGACCCAGACAGGAUAAGGUCAGAGAGACUUGUCCUAAAAUGGCAUCACCAACAGUCUUUUUGAAAAACACCUGAAAUUAGAUAAAUCAAUUAACAUGUAACUGACCGAUUUUCAAUCGACAGUUGAGAGUAACCCGGGAUUGUUUUGGUUUUACUCCAACUCGUACAGAGACUAAUAUGGAAAACUAGCGCAUCCUCUGUACCAAUCAGAUCACAGGUGGCUCAUGCUCCAGCUGUGAGAUGAUCAUCUUGCGAAAUGAUAGUCAUGGCGUAAUUAUAAGAGUAUGUAUGGGAAUGUUUACGACCGCUAUAAGAAAUAAAUAAUACAGUCAUAUUUUAAAUAAAAAUACCUCACCUUACUUCCACAGUGCAUCGCUUGUUAUCUGACAGCUUACUAUGUUGAAUAGAACCCAUUUUAGCGAGUUAUCCAUCUCUAGGUUUACUACGUACAUGAGACAGGCCUAAGGCUGCACACUUCAUUUCCGAACGCCCAAUCAGAGAAGCGAAAAAUUCAAGCUCAAAAUGACCGUGAAGCCACAAAUCCAACGCAGAAUCCAAGCACAUAUACUUUAGUUUCAUUUCAAUUCCCUACAAACUCAAUCUUCCCCAUGAAGCCGACGUUGAGCCGCAGUUUGCUUCAAGAACUUCCAGUUUAGACGUUUCUCACGGCCCGCGUACACAUUCACCUUGACACAAGAACUUUGAAAACCAGCUUGGUGACCAUGCCUCCUUUUUAAACUGAGCCUCGCCUGGGACCACACGUCACUUGGCACCCGUGGUUCUAAAGAAAAUUUGUUCAUGCGGCUGCGUUUGUUUUGAUGUCAGCAAAAAAUAUUUAAAUUCAGAUCAAUGAGUAAAAUUGGAAAGAGUUGUGUUAUGAAACAAUUCAAUGGCAUUUCUUUAAAAGAAGCUUAUCAAACUGUAUAUACGUGGUAGGUUUCCAAAGAAAUUGUGGUGCUGCGUCGGUGGGAGAGUAUAGCAGGUAAUUUAGUGUUAACAACUGAGUUGGAAACGUAAAUAAGCAAUGUUAUUACAUUGCUAACUACAAUGUCUUUAGUGAGACCUUUUGGUGGGAAGUACAGCCAGUCAUUGCGAUCUUUAAAUCCAGGUUGCUCCCUUUAAUCAACAAUUGUAACAUUACAACGUUCAGCAUAUCUCUUUCUAAUUCAUCACACGAACCUUCAGGGACCAGGACAGAGACUUUCACAUGAGGAAAUUUUGCCAGUUGUUUGCCGCAGAUGUAAAUAGUAUUUAGAUCGCAUAUAAGCUAGCUAAUCAGUAUGUGUGAAAGCACUUAAUCUGCUUAUUUGACGUGUACUGAGUAACACUUAUGCAGUGAGAAUGUUAACGAUCUCCUUCCACUAAUGCGUGACGUACCCCUAAAUGACUGGUUGAUUAUUAAUUUGAAAAGCGUUAGCACUAAAAGUAAGUCAUAUGCGUAUUAAGAACAGACACAAGACCAGGUUUCACCGACAACGUUCGUGUAAAAGUGAAUAGUUCGAUAAAGGCAAGAAUCAACAGCCAGCGCUUUGGAUUUUGUCCGGAAUGUCAAAAUGAUAUCAUACUCAGCCGAUUGCGGAAAUUAAGUAAAAAUCACCUACGAAUUUGAAUACCUUCCGUAGGCUGACUUCUUGCCCCAGACUCUGAUUCUGCUGGUGACGGAAACUGCGUUUUGGUUCUUAGUAAGAGGACACGAAUGAAGAAACUGGACAUUGAAUGAUGAAACAAACACUGACUUCCAGUCGCGACAUAAAGCACGAGCCAACCAGGGAGUGUUUUAGCAUUGUCAAAUCUGCUGAAAUGUCAGAAGCCAAGAGUUAAUUCGUUCGAAUCUCUAAUUAGAUGUAAGAUAAUAAAUGUCACUCCCCGAAUGAGUUUUACUGAAUUUUCUGGAAGCAGAAGGACCGUUUAUUUUUAACUAAAUAUUUUUUAAAACAGAUCAUGAAUGAAUGCGUCAUUUGGCCUUUGACAAACUAGGUAGAGAAGAGAAUGGAGAAGAGUAGUUUUUGUAAUUUCCGCCCACGUGACCUUGUGUUAUGUUUUGCAACUGAAUAGUAGCAGGAAGUCAGUGUUACUCGCUUCGCUGUUCAUUCGCUAUCAGCUUUCUUAACUCACGCUUUCGUGCUGAAUUUUAUGCCAAAGUAUCAGAGAGCAGAACCAAAAAGGAAAAAGGCUUGUAAGGGAAGACAGUAGUCAGUUAGAUGAUACUCAAAUUCGUGAGUGAUAUUCGUUCAAGCGUGCGAGCAAAAUUACUCGAAUUUUAGGAGGCUGACACACAUUUGUGUUUGGUUUAUUUGCGACGUGUUUUUCCUGGUUUAAAUGAAACGUCACGUCACAGCGGGCUGGGUAUGAAACAGGAUCCAGCGCUUCGGCAGAGUAUUGUUUAUCCUGUUUUAAACUAUUCGCAGAGGAAAAAUACUACAUCGAUCUAUCAGAGUGUUGGUAAGCAGUAGCCUUUUAGCUUAGAGGAUAGUCUUGUGGGUGAUCAGUCUCGUAACCAGCGUCAAUAACGACCCUGAAGAACAACUUUGGUUGCCAAACUGAGUUGGGCUCAUUUGCAGUGGUGUCUGUAUUUUAAGCAUAUUCUGUUCCUCAUAGAACCAAUCUCCGCCACGAUGGGAGACAAACUGAUAUCAUACAACGAGAAAGUGAUUCUCAAACAGAAUAUCUAUACAGCCAAAUCACGAAGAGUGUGAAAAGUCAGAUUUGCCGCUUAGCAAAUUGGCAUUUUAAGUGCUGCGAACAUCAUUUUCAAUGACUUCUGUGUCUCAUUUUUAAUUAAUUUCUGCGCUACUGAACCCUAUUGUGCAAUUAGGGAUCGCAGGUCGUCUAUAAAAGAUAAUUAUGCCCUGGGAAAGAAUAACAUCUAGGUUCACGUAUAUUCUGGAGAAGAAUGGUAGGAGUCGUUAGAAAUAUGUUCAUGCAGAUUCUUUCAACUUAAUAAUUGAAUUCAACUGAUUAAAGAUGAUACAUGACAAUUUGGUGCUAUGUCAUAGCUCGAUUGUAAUUUAUAAAUAUUCAUUUCUUUCCGCAUAUCGAGUUUACUCAUUAAUCGCUCUUUUUCAGCUUGCUCACAAUUUUAAAAUGUUUAUCCGUUUUAUAUCAAAGUUGUUGACCGUACGUAUCUUUGCAUCUUUAAAAUAGAUUGAAGUUCUUGCACCGGUAACCAGCCUUACAACAGAGAAAUGACUCAAGUCUGGAAUAUAGUUGUUCUUACCUUCUUGAGUGCCAUCUUGGCUCCUUGCGGUUGGUAGAAAAAGUUGUUUUCAUUUUUGAUUCAGAUGCUAUGCCGCUUACAGCCGAGUGAUAAUACAUGAUAGUGACAUUUUACUCUUGGACGAGGAAGAUGAUGAUAAACUAUUCACGGCAAAUGAAUUUCUACAAAUUUUAAGUACGAGACUGUAAGAACUACACCGGCAAAUAAAAUGUAUGGCAUGUUUGCAGUAUAACCAUCAACAAGGAGUUAUAUAAAAACUCGGUUGUUAUUACAUGAGAUUUUCCCCCUUAAAUAGUGUUAUUAUAAUAACUAUUGUAAUAAUCAUUUACUCUACUUUCUUUUACCGAUAAACAGAAAAUAACCCCACUCAAGUGCAUUCUAAUGCAAGGUUGGUAUGCUUAACAUUCCACUGAAGUGCUAAAGCCAAGUGCUCUGUGGAAUGUCUCUUUCAGUUUUAUAUAUUUGUUUAUUCAUUUACAUGCCCAUACAUUAUUUUCUUUUCAUUGUUUCUAUAUCUUUAGCUGCAUUCCAGCAUUUCCUCCGGUGAAUGCCUCCGCAAGAAACGCUUCCUGCAUAUUUUACGAGUAUAAAGGCGAAUUCUGUAAAAACAUAACCAGAAGUCUAUACGUUUAUGGUGAUCAGUCCACAUUGGAUUUUGGUGAAAGGGAAGCUGUGAACUUUGACGGUUAUCUUAACGUUUUCAGUGGGAUGACGCUGGAAUGCAGGCUCCCAGUUAAAGACUUGUUCUGUGGCCAUGUUUUCCCUCAGUGUGAUGAAUCAUUGGCUCAGCCUAAAGAACGCCGUAUUUGUCGCAGCUCAUGCGAAUAUUUGCAAGUCGUUUGCAAAAGGGAAAUUGCCUUACUCAGGGUUACACCGGCCUUUCAAUACUUCAUGGACCUGUUAGAUUGCUCGAGCUCUAAAUUUGUUUCUGCCAAUGGUGGCGAUGCUCCUGAGUGCUAUCAAUGGUACGAUCUUCCUGGUAAGUAUAGCAGCGUCAUCAUUUACUCCUUUAUUUGAACAAGUUACCCUCAUCAUCUGGUCAUGUCGUUUGAGAAUUAAAGAACCCUAUUGCUUUAACAGGGUCACAGCGCUGUGUGUCUGAGGGAAGAUAUAUUGCACCAUGUGGUGCCUCUCCCCUCCCAGGUGUAUUAAUGGGUACUAGCGACUGAUUUGAUUGAUUGAUCGAUUUGAUUCCCAUCUUUGGGGAAUAGUAAUACUUAGUAUAUACUAAAACAGUGGAUAGCGUUGGAGGCGCGCUCUGAUUGGCCGCUCAAUCUCCUACAAUCCUUUGCUAUUCACCUCCUAUCGAUUCGCACGGAAUUUGCGCCCGAAAAUAUUGUGAUCGUUGCAGGAAUAAAUGAGUUAAAAUCAUCUUUAUUUUGAUAUAUCAUCCUACUAUUUUAGUAUAUACUAAAACACCUAUUCACCACAGUGUCCGUGGUUAGCGGUGGAUAUUUAUCUCGCCGCUUCGUAGCUCGGUAAAUAUCCAUCAGUAGCCACCUCCACUUUGAUAAAUAGCUGUUAAUUAUUGUAACGAAAAGAAGGAACGCUCCGGCAGCACAUGAGCCCACCUGCAUUGGCUUGUGUGAAGACAGAAACAGAUAAAAAAAUGAGACGCCAGGAAAUAACUGUAAUAUUUUUAGCCUAUCAUAUCGAUGAGAGAAUUUUAUGUUUUCACUUUGCUUUUCUGACCUCAACUACUCACUUUUCUCCAUUUCCCAUAGGUGAUGACACUGAAAGUACAGGUCUGUUGAACUGUUUUUUUACGUUCUCUAGUAGAAUGCUGUCUGAUGCGUCCAUAGUGCUUUAAACAAAAAGAUCAAGAUUUGAUAAAAAAAUAGAUGAUUUCGAUAAAUGUCAAGUUGUGCGCCAAGCGAUGACAUAAAAGUAACUAACAUUUUAUCCAGGCUUCUCGCCAUCCUAGUCGACAUCACUCCAUGGUUUAGCAUUUCAAGUCCUUUGAGGUUGACACAAACGAAGGGACUAGUCCUUGCAACUAGUUCCUGUGACUAGUCCCGAGGACCAAGUCCUUUCGUGUGAACUACCCAGCUUCACCGAAAAAUGUAGCUCCAGAUAACAAAAUAUGGUCCACCAAUUCAACAAGUUCCUGGGACUUGUUCCCCCAAAUUAUCCAGGUCCCUGUGUAUGAACUGUUAAAGCGACAAGUCCUUGCAAUUCCGACUAAAUGGGAGUAAUCCAACCACUGAUCAGUAUUUUAGUUCCCAUAACUCUUUUCGCACUUAAUAUGGCGGCCUUGUUAAAAUAGCUGCUGUUUUUCAGCUCUGGAAGAGUAGUAUACAGAACCUUCGUCAAAAAAACAACAACAAAAAAAACGGACCAGUGCCUAAAACAAGUCCCUGCUACUUUGACAGUGCCUUAACAUCUAGAUGUGAUUUAUGUCAGAUUGUUACUACGGUGUGGGAGUUGGUUACCGUGGCAACAUGAACGUCACUCGGUCUGGUCGUAAAUGUCAGUCGUGGAAAUCUCAGUGUCCUCAUCGUCACUGGCGGAUUCCUAAAGAUGUCGCUGAUUCCAAAAAUGACUCUAACAUGUGUCGUAACCCAGACAGCAGUGCCCCAGAUGGACCAUGGUGUUAUACCACUGAUCUAAAUGUUCGAUGGGAAUACUGCAAAGUAUCUCGAUGUCCAUCUAGAGGUAAAUUUAGUCAUAAAGAGAACUUGCGCGAGAGCCGAAGAGCACGAGGGAAAUAGAAUAUUGAAAGUAUAAAUGUAAUUUAAAAAUCAUGUUAAAAUUCUUUUUAGAACAUAAUAUACAGACAUAUUAUUCAGAUACUGACGAAAAACAAUUUAGGAUGUCAUAUUCUGUGGCAUUAUUUCCUUCGCUUUGUUUCAUGCGGAGACAAAUUUUAUAGAAGAUUUCACAAUAUUACCCAAGGUCAGGCUUAGAAAAAAACGCAGAUCAAGAGCAGACUCAAGCAGAUUAAUUACCAGGCGCUCUUUGAUUAUAGUAUAAUAACCAAGCAGCUGAAAGAUUCUUGUUCAGAGAUCUCUAUCGUUUAUUGAUGGCUUUAAUGUAAUAUGAUCUCAGUCCUCUCGGACUCCAGAUUCUGCUCCAGUUCAACUAAAGGAACACACUCUUCUUUACUGUGGACCAAAAUGUUUAUAUAACAUAGAUAAAGAGUGUUUUUUCUUAUAUUUUUGUUACCAGUUCCAGAAGAGGCUCCCUCUUUCCUUAAAGGCCAUCCUCUCAAUUCAACAGCCAUUUUAAUCUCUUGGAAGAACAUACCUCCUUCUCGUCAUGAAGAAAAACUGUUGGGUUAUCGGAUUCAAUACCGGAGCAAAGGGUCCGAGCUCUAUUAUGAAGCAAACACAACAAGCAACUUGACUCAGGAUGUUCUUACAAAGCUCCGUCCAAACACAGCAUACGAGAUUAUGGUCAAUGGGUUCAAUGAAAUUGGCCACGGGCCAAGUAGCACGGUCCUUGAUCUAAAAACUCUGUCUUCUGGUAUGUAGGGUAUACAACAGUUUCAAUUAAAUUGACAGUUGACAGUUGAGAGCUUUUUUGAUAUCCGGGUGCCAAUGAUGCGUUUCAAGCAGAUGUCGUUAUCAUGAGUGGGGAAAUGAGGUCGAAUGCCACUGAUCAUGACGAGGAGAAACUCAUAUUAUAUUUCUCUUUUCCGCAUAAUUGAAAGUUUCAACUUUUAGCAUUAAACUAGCCGUAUUUUACUGUUUGGAAAUCUUGAACCAGCCAAACAAAUUUUUUAGUUCUUAAUUUCCUAUUUCUUUUUCAUCCAUCUGUGUUCCUUUUUUGUCUUGUUAUCUCUUCCCUGUGUUCUUUGGUUUAUUUUCAGGUGAGGAAAUAUUACAAGUUGACUUCCAGCUGAUUAUAGAUUCUGAUUUCAAUAGCGAUCUACUCAACAGUAGUAGUAAAAGGUUCUUGGAAAUGGCUGAACUCAUUAGAAUUUCAGUAAGGAACAAUUGGUUUGGUAAAAUUUUGAUUGAUGGAUGGCAAAGUAGUGCUUUUAAAUUUUUGCAUGUUCUGUUUUUGAAUAAAACAAUUUUUCUUUUAGAUAAAACACCACUUCAACGAAUCUUCUUAUUUGAAGAUAUAUGACGUCAUAACUAUACAUUUUAGGUAAGAAACUAUUUUUAUCCUCGUUUAAAGAUUUUGUUGGCCAUUUAAAGCCAAUAGUGGCCACUUUUUGGUUUCCAAACACCCUUACCUUCAAAAUGUGGCCAAUUCUCCUCACCGCUGGUGAGGUAUUAUUAAGUAUUUUGUUACUCUUGUUUUUAGAAAUGGCAGCCUGAGGGCAGACAUUAAAGUCCUUGCAACAAUCAAUACGAACACAACCGACAAAGAUGAUACUCUUAAUCAUUUGAUAGGAGGGAUGCGUUCGUCGUUUGGAGAUCGCCUUAAAAUUACUUCCAUACGGGUUCAGGGUAGGUAAAGCUUUAUGGAUGCUUAUAAGAACUAACCUACUCUCAGAUCAUUCCCCCCCCCCCCCAAAAAAAAAAAAAAAAAAAAAAAUGAAUAACUCCACAUAAUAUGGGUUACGAAGUUUUAAAGCUGCUGUUUUUUAAUUAUGUAUUGUUGAUUCUUCCUUCUUUCGCUAGAAACACCGAGGUCCCCUAAAAGUUUCUCCGUAAAGAAUGCACAGAAAAAAUAUCUUAUUUUGACAUGGGAGGAGCCAGAAUAUGGCAGCCUAUAUCAGAUACAAAACUACACUAUAGAGCGAAAGAUAUCAAGACUGAAGAACUUUACCGCACUUUGGACAAUUCCUUACCCUGAGACCACGAUGAUUAUGGAGAACUUAGAUCCCUCCACAGAAUACACCAUCAGAUUAUCAAGCAACAAUAAGUAUGGGAGGUCAGAGGGUGUAUUGCUAACACAAAAGACACUGCCAGGUAAUAAUAACACCGAGAGUGGGUUUCUCCCUCCCCAAAUGAACAGCGCCAAAUUGAUCUUUACAUGUGUACAGGUACCUUCCAGAAGGAAAUUAUUCGAUAAUUCACCAAGUUAGUGAAAAGGGAAAGGAGUUGUCAACAAUAACAGCUGAUGUCAUCCAACGCUAAGACAAGACGCGAUCAUAGUGUUUGAUAUUUCUGUUCUAUAGUAUUAAAUAAUUCUGCCCUAAUUUUCUUUGUUCCUAAAUUAAUGUAAUAUCAAAAAGUUCAAACGUGAAAACAAAGGUAUCAAGGAAAAAAAGUUUCAAGUUGUCUAUUUUUCUUAUUGAAGACACAAAUUGACAAAAACGCUUGUAAGGGAAAGGUUAAUGCUUCAUGUCAUUUGCUCACGAUAAGCAUUUGCUUUUUUUUUCCAACUUACAGACAGAUUCAUCAGAGAUUUGAUGUUGGUUAUAGUCUUGCCCUUGUUCUUAGCUGCUGUAUUUAUAUUGGCUGUUUGCUUAAAGUUUCAGCCAAUAUGUAAAUCAAAACAGAAGAGAGAAGAGGUAAUUUGACUUGAAUUUUAUGAUGAAGUUAUCCAGUGAUCUAAUGUUUGAAAGAGUAAUUCGCUGUUGCAUUGCUCUUGAAGAUUGAGCUCUCCAUGAAAGUUGGAGACUGCGCGGAAAUUCCCAGAUCAGAUGUUACUCUCCAAGACAAGCUGGGAGAAGGUGCAUUUGGGGAGGUGUACAAAGGCUUGGUGCGCAUAGGAGAACAAGUGAGAGCAUGCGCAGUAAAAAAACUUAAAGGUAAACAUUCUUGAUGAAGCUUUAAAUUUGAUUGCUUGACUGAUUUUCUUAGUUAAUAGGCUCAGUAAGUUGAUAAGCGAAUGAUCGAUUUACAAAAUUUAUGAUCGGUUGAUGAUUUCCUGAUUAAAAGCAAAUGUAUUAGAUGCCUUUCAAGUGUUUGAUACAAAUUUGUAAACAGAUUUGCUGCCCCUUGGAUAUCAGUAAAGCUUAGAAUAUUUCUUUGUAGUGAAUGCUACAGAAACAGAGAGACGGGACCUGAUUAACGAGCUUGCAGUCAUGGUUGCAGUUGGUGAACAUCCCAAUGUCUUAAGUCUUAUUGGAGCUUGUACCAAGACUGGUAACUUUUAGUUGAUAUUUAUUAAUGUUCUACGUGCAGUAUCCUUUCCGGUUUCGUCCUUCUAUGUAAUGAUAAAUUCCCAAUUAUGCAACACAAACAGUUCAACACUUGACUGCAAUUCUUGAUUCACAACUUAAAUAUUUAACUUUGUCACAAAUUCUAGAGCCAGUAUUGAUGAUUGUCACUUUGGCCCCGAAUGGCUGUUUGUUGGACCAACUGAAGAAGAAUAGAGAAAAUCCAUAUUACAAUGUUUCGAAAAAGGAAAUAAACUUCACGCCCCAAGACAAAGUGAAGAUCGCAAGAGAUGUAGCUCGUGGAAUGCUACACCUGGCUAGCAAAAAGGUAUAAGAUCCAAUAACGAAUUCAAAGAAAUAUUUACUUUCUAGAGGAUUAUUUGAUUCUUAUUUGGCUUCUCUUUCUUAGUGUGUUCAUCGUGACCUUGCAGCAAGAAACGUGCUUCUUGGCGAGGAGAAUGUUGCCAUGGUUUCCGACUUCGGCCUGUCACGUGAUGUGUACGAAAGUGGUGAAUACGAAAGUACAUCCGGGGUAUGGACAGUAUUCUCGUGUUUAAAAAAUGGGGAGAGUGGUUAAAACGACAAACUAUUGCUUAUUUUUUAUUUCAUGGAAUGCAUACUAAAAUCUGUAGUUCCAGCUACACCGUAUUGCAAAGAUUCAACCUCCUUUGAAGUGUUACGGUACACGUUAACCGACAGAAAGAACACUUUGCUCCUUCAAACCCACCUACUUUAUGAAGCAACACGUCUAAAAUGAAUGUGAAAGCGAUCUUCGAACUUGUCUUAAUAUAAGUUAAAUCUUACGAAGAAGCGACUCUUAUGGAAUGAAAGCAAUAACAAUGAAAAAAAUAGCAUUUCUCUAAAGUAUUCUGGAAAUUCUAGAAGAUUACAACACAACUAUUUUAGUAGAAUUACAUCAUUAUCACAAAACCUAACAGAAUUUUCUUGAAUGUUCCAUUGUAUGUUAUUAGAAGGUUCGAGUAUCCAUGUCACCGUGAGUUAGCGUUCUAGAGAUUUCGAGAAACUGCUAUUUGCAUUCACUAUCCAUAGCAGAAGACACUUGUAAAUAACAGCUGAUAUUCUCGUUAAUCGGAUAUCCAGCAGACUUUUUCCAAUUCGUUUCAAGCAAUUAACGCAUUCGGGGAUCCUUUGGCGGUGCUAAGUCCCCUUGUGGUCCUCGCCAUCUCAGUUUUCAACAUCUCAACAUACAACGAUAAGAAUUCACGAUUUUUCGUACGUACUAUUCUUCAGUAUUAUUUAAACUGGAUUGUUUUUACUCAAACUUUCCUUUAAAUUUUUUCUUCCAAAAAAAGGGAAUAUUACCAGUUCGUUGGAUGGCUCUUGAGUCUUUGGAAGAUUACACGUACAAUACUAAAACAGAUGUGUAAGUUAACUCUGUGAGGAAUUAUGAGGGAAAGUUAAAAUUGUAAAGCUACAUGCUAUAAGCGAAUAGGGGUCCUAAUAACUGAUUAAGCUUUCCAGCUAUUUUAUGUUCUCUGAGUGUUUUCCAUUGAAAUUAAGCAGCAGAUACUUCCCUCGUCAUGAUUAUGAAGCUCUAAGAACAAGUCGGGUACUCUAAGCAUACUGAUGCACUGUUGUAAUGUUAAGAUAUAGCUCAGAUGCUAUAUCAAAUUCAUGCUUUCCUUUAUAUACUAUUUAUAUCGAGAUAUAGCUAGUAAUAAUGGUGGGGUUAUGGCAUUAUUGCAAUUUGGAAUCAUAAUUCCGUUAGAAAUAAAUUUGUUUUUAUUGUAAAAUGACCUAAUAGUGCUGUUUUGCAACAGAUGGUCCUUUGGAGUGUUAUUAUGGGAGAUCGAAUCUGGAGGUAAACAGUUUUAGCAUUGAGAUUUUUUACCUAUUUCAUAUUAAAGGAGAUGUGAGUAAGUUAAGAUUUCGUAUACCCACACAACACAUCAUCAUCAUGUUCAAUAUCUGCUGCAGAUAUUGGGUUAUCAUGUCAACUGCACACGCUAUUGUAUAUUGCACGUAUGCUCUCCACUUAUCAGAGUUUUUAAAGUAAGUCUACUGUAUAAUAAUUAUCAUUAGUCGUCUUACUGAGACAAGCUGCCGAUUAAACCAUUUACAAAGACUGAACUCUUUAUCUUUACUUUCAAGGUAAAAUGCCAUAUUCUGGUCUUGGAGGAAUGGAAAUAAUAGAAUUUCUGAAAGCAGGAAAAGUUUUAGCCAAGCCGGAUGGAUGCCCAGAUGAAAUGUAAAUAAUCUUGAAUGGAAUAAGACCCCGGUCUGCCACAAUUGUUCAACUCUGAGGUGUGACUAAACAGAAUGGUUUUUCUUUUCACAGCUACGAUAUGAUGAAGUCAUGCUGGAGUUUGGAUUCUACAAAGCGUCCAUCAUUUUCUGAGCUUUUGGAGUCACUCGAGGAAGAAAUAAAGACCGAAGGCGUAAGAAUUUGAUAGUCACCGAAAAAGUUUGUGAUCGUCUGUACUCCUUUCACCGAAAAAUGGAAUUUGAUCGGGAAAGAGCAGAAGGAAAUAGAUGAAGAGCUCUUUGUGAGCUUUUAUGCUCGAUAAUAUUUGUUUCACUAGUUUAUCUUGUUGGUAUCGAAGAUGACGUAACUUUUAUUGCAAGUUAAUUGGCUCGACAGUGGUACUUAUGUGGAGUAAGUUACUAAGAUGGUCCAGUGAUGUGUUGACAUAUUUAUGGGUGUGUUGUGCUCUGUUGCAAUUGAGAGAAAGAAAAGGAAUUCGUUUGUGUUAAAGAACAUUUGACUUGUUAAGUCACCUUUGAAGUCAGGUUUAAAGAAAUUGCAUCAUAAUACUUGACAAACAUUGAUGAAAAUACUGAAAAAAAUUUAUCUGACAGGAGAAGAAAUAUUAAAUACAUGUACAAAUUUUAAUAUUCGUGAACAGUUAAGCUGAGUAUCGUUCAUUGAGUAAGAGGAAAUUAAUAAAGAACUUGCUCUUUACCUUUAUCUAAUGCAUAGGCUUAUUACUGUUUGUUUUACUUUCCUGUAGGAAAUCUUGGAGGAUGAGAACUGUCUUGAACCGGAUAUUAAGGGAAUUACAAAUACCUCAAUGGACGAGAGUAAUGACUA